UUGAGAGUUGACUUGCUCUAGUUAUUGUCAUUGAUUUUUGUCUCUUUCCUCUUGGGAGAAAAACGCAAGGCUAGAGAGCUAGAGUUGAGGGCUAACGUCCAUUGCAUGGUACUGUGGGAGGAAAAAAUUCACCAUGGACACUAACGUAGUUGAGAGAGUUGAGGACAUGGAGGAGAUGGUUGACCUUUUAUCUGGAUCUUUACCUGCUGCGAAAGACCAACCGACUGGCAAGGAAGAUCAGCUACCCGACACAGAGUAUGAUGCAAUUAUUCUGGGAACAGGACUUGUGGAAUCAAUAGUGUCAGCUGCGCUUAGUCGCAUUGGAAAAGCCGUCCUGCAUCUUGAUCGGAAUAUGUUUUACGGCGCGGAAUGUUCUACUAUACCAGUGACCGAGUCUUCACCACUGGGCCCAUUCCAGAACAUGUGGAGGCGCUUCAAUCUUGACAGGAGCCCAAAGUUGCUAUAUGCCAGAGGAGCCAUGGUUGAUUUGCUUGUUCAGUCGAAAGUCAGUCGUUAUCUGGAGUUCCGUGGUGUUGGUCGCACACUCUCCUACAUUGAUGGCAAGAUGGUGGAGGUCCCCUGUUCUGCUGCGGAUGUUUUCAACACUACCCUGCUCAAACUGACUGAGAAGAAUGUUAUCAAGCGCUUCCUAACUUUCUGCCUGAACCAUGACCAGCACACAGCUGACUACCAAGACUUUGCAAGUCGACCUUUCAAGGAGUAUCUCUCAGUUUGGCCAGUAGGAAAAAAGCCACAGCUUUCUCCGUUUCUUCAGCGGCUUGUCCUGCACUGCAUAGCUAUGUGCAGCGAGCAGGUCUCAACAGAAGACGGACUCAAAGCAACGCAGUACUACCUACGUUCAAUAGGCCGCUACGGUAAUACACCUUUCCUCUGGCCAAUGUACGGCAGUGGUGAACUACCUCAAGCAUUUUGCAGAAUGUCAGCCGUGUUUGGAGGCAUCUUUGUGCUGAAUCGGUCACUCAAAUCGGUGGUGGUAACGAAAUCAGAGGAGGAACGUUGCUCCGGGGCUGUAUGCAACCUUGGUCAGAAGUUGAAAUGCAAGUGGAUAGUGAUGAACAAGGAGUACAGCCCGUCGUCAUGGCAAGUCCGGUCGGAAGCUCAGGCGUCAUCACAUGGGACAGACAGUCAUACUGACAGAAACUCGGUUUCUCGGCUUGUGUUGAUCACGGACCGGUCCUUAUCUCCGUCCUCAUCCGACGGUGUUGAAGAUCCGUUCCUGCUCACCAUUCCGCCAAGCGAGGAAAUGAAGACACAACAUGUUGCGCAUUUGCUAGAGCUACCCUCCUCUACUGGAGCAUGUCCAAGUGGCUGCUAUAUUGUACAAAUGACGAGCCUUGGGUCCACUGCGGAAGAAGACUUCUCCGCCAUUGUGAAAACAUUCUUCAACAGCAAACGUCCUGUAUCCACAACUCCUCCGCCCUCGUCACCACCAGUGUCAACUGAAGCUAGUUCUAGUGCAUCUGAGGGAACUGAAGACACUGCUGCUCGAUCAGAUGCCACACCAGCGGAAGCAGCGGCAGAGGGAACAGCAGCACCCUGUACAGCUGCCACACCGGAAGAUGACACAGCCAUAAGCAGUGACAAACCAGAAUUGGACAACGACUGUGCAGAUCCCGGCAACACCGACGUUUCUGGAACCCCUGCUGCCUCCGAGAGUUCAGCUGAGCAAGAAGAUACCCGUCCAGUAAUCUACGAGCGUUUCUAUUUCAAUCAGAGCAAUCCUGUUUGCACACCGGUCACUGCAUCCGGGGUUCACAUAAAAAACAUAUUCGUCACAACACCAACCAAUGCUGAGCUGGGGUAUUCAUCCCUUGUGAAAGAGGCACGUGAAGUGUUUGACACGAUAUGCCCCGGAGAGGAGUUCCUACCGCCAGCGCCAGAGCCGGAGGAUAUUUGUUUUGAUCGGCCUGGCGAUGACGGCGACAAGGCAAAGGAGUCUACAGAUGCAGGUAGCUCUGAGCAACGUGCAGACGACAAUGACCAUCAGGAAAGCACAGAAGCCGGACAGUGUGACGAGCAAGAGACUGAGUGCAAGCAGCCAUCAGGCUCCUCCAGCGCAGAGAAGAGCAGCAGUGCUGGUGGAGCAGAAGCGUCAACUGAAGGUAACUCCUCCUGCUCUGACAUGCCAGUAAGUACAGACGCCACCGGCACAUCAGAUUGAUAUGUCCUUUAUCUUAUGCCACACUAUGAGUAACGGCUUGGCACAGGCAAGGCCAAGCUAUGUGCACAACACCCAGCAUAACAUUGGGAUAGAUACUGAAUGAGCUGUAGGAAUUUGUCCCUUGUAUAAUUAUAUCCAUGCAUAGUCCGCUAGUUUCUAAGAAAGUUUUGAUAUGUUUCUAAGGACGAUGCAGCACACACAGUUCAUAGGAGCAUGCAUUUUAAAAGACAGUACCGCAGGCUGUAUUGUGUCCGAAUCCACAUAACACUUACUACUGCUGGUAGUAGUAGUGAUGAGACUGGUGAACCUGAUGAAGGAAUUGUCCGCUGCUCUCUGUGUUACGCUAUGACUUGCUGCUAUCGCUGAGCGCUGAAUGCAUGAACUUCAUCCUCACUGCUGUGCAGUGCCAAGAAUGGAGAGCUGCUAGAUUUUUUCUUUCAAUUCCAAUGCAUGCAAUGCAGACAGAGCUUAUUUGGUAUUUUCCAGAAGAAGGAAAGAAAAUGUGAUCUUCUCUUGAACAUUGUACCCAUGCCUGA